CUCUAGGCUGCUGUGUUUUGGCCAUUCCAUAAAAACACGGUCAUGGUUCCCCUUUGUAAUGAUGACACCUAAAAUUAUUGGGGAGGAAAAGAUGGGCGGCGAAGAGAAGUUGGGGUACCAGGUGAGAUUUGAGGUUUGGAGAAGGAAGACGAAUCGCUUCAGAUGAGUUCUGGCAUUCACCACCAGAGCCCGUGACAUUUGGUGAGCGGUGACUUGGAGCUUACGCAGUACCAUGCAGUAUUAUGUGUAUCUUAUCUCAGUGUAUGUGUCCCUUCAAAAGGUUUGACCUGGAACAGAAGGCCCCCCAAAUCAAGAAAACCCAAGGCAUGGUGGUAUAGUUUUCACAGGUACCUUCCUUUGGUCUAUUUUGUAAGUGUUGGGUGAGAAAAAUGUCCUCUCUUUAGGAAACAUGGAUUCACUUCCAUCCCUGUACAAAUAAUUCUGCCACAGUAGCAGAACAGUCGUGUGUACCACAGAAGUCUUCUCUCCAGCUCAUGACAUUAUUUCCAUUUUGUUGGAUUUGCUCAUUCAGUCCAUAAAUUCAUUGAGCCCCCAUAGGGCAGCUCUGUGGCCUGGCGGAGAACAGACGAGGUCUCUGUUCUCGUGGAGCUUAUAGGGAGGGGGUGGAGGGGAUUGACAGUGAGGAGCUAAAAAAAUAUCAGGAAGUGAGAUGACCAUGUUGAAAAUUAAGCAAGGUGAUGUGAUAGGGAGUAACUGGGGAACUACUUUAAGAGAGGUAGUUAGGAAAGACUUCUUUGAGGAAGUAAUUUAUAAACCAAAGUAUACAACAAGACAGAAAGGAGCCAGACAUAUGAUCAGUUGGGGGAAGAGCGGUCUAGGCUGAGGGACUAGAACAGCACUGUUAGGGUCAGCAAGGGCUUGUAGGACCUAAGAAUUUGCUCCGUGGUUGGGACUUAUUGAAGGUGGACAGAGAUAAGUGAGAGUGGUCUGCAGGAUGGGAUCAUGUCAUGCCUUAAGGACAAGAUAAGCUGUCUGGCCCUCUGCUGGCCUUGUGGUGAGUUCAAGGCCCUAAUCCAAUAAUACAACAGGAUUCACACCACCCUGAGCCUGGAAAGAUGGUGUCACAGUCUACGGGCCGGCAGGAUUCUCCGGUGGACCUAUGGGAAAGGGAGAGCAAUGACCCUGGCGACAUGGAUGGUUCGCCUAGCCUCCUGGACAUUGACCAACCCCCUUGCCAAUCAGACAUCAGGUUCAUGAGGCAUAAAGCUGCCUGGAUUAACCCCCAGUGUGAGCAGCAACAGCUGCAGGAUUUGCCCCCUCAGGUGCCGACAGGGGGGAACAGAGGGAGCCACCUUGGAGGGGAUACCGCCUCUACACUCGGCCCUUCACCAUUGUCUCUUGGGGACUCCGUGGUGGAGACAUCACUGUUGAAGGAUACCACAGACUCUGCCCAGGGCUCAGGUGAUAAGAGCAGUGACCUCUCUUUUACCUUAACAGAAGAGCAGGGGGUGCUCCUAGGACACUCUCCUCAGAUGUCUCUGUUAACAAGCUCCUCUCCUUGUCCUGAUGCUGACCGUGCUUUUCUGAAGCCUUCCCAACUGACAGCUUCCCCUGAUGAAGGUGCUGUUGAAGUCUGCGGAAGAAACACUUCUUUGAAUUCCUUCUCUGCAGAGGCAUUCCUGCUCCCUGUCGAUGUCGAAAAGGAAAAUGCCCACUUCUAUGUUGCAGAUAUGAUUAUAGCGGCAAUGGAGAAAAUCAAGUGCACCGUCCUGAGUCAACAGCACACAGAGAACUGGGGUGUGGAGGAAGUCAGUGGGGCCCUCGGGAAUGACCACGCGGACUCUGAAGUCACCUUUUAUACCAACAUGAAGCAAGAAUCUGGGUCUUCCAAUUCUUCUGACAGCGGCUAUGAAGGUUGUGCUGUGUUACAGGGCAGCCCAGUGGCUGGGACACCCACUUACUGUGAUGUGCUGAAAGAAGCCUGUAAAUGUGACUUCGAUGACUUUGUCAUCGUAGAACUUGGGGAGUGUAGCAAUAUCACAGAAACCUGUGGGCGUUCCUGCAGCUCCUCCAAGAGUGUCUUUUAUGAGCCAGACUUCAAUUCUGCUGAGCUAAUAGCCAAAGAGUUGUACCGAGUAUUCCAGAAGUGCUGGAUGUUGUCAGAAGCUAAUCAUCAGCUGGCAGGUUCCCCAAAUGCAGCUGACUCAAUAGUAGUGAAUGAAGAGCGUGUCGGGAAAGACUUUGAAUCCAGUGUGGAUGUCGUUCAGGAAAUUACCCUUAAUUCGAGGAUCAGAGGAGCUGAAGACUGGGAGCCCCCCAGAUUUCAAAUCAUAUUUAAUGUUCAUCCACCACUCAAGAGGGGACUCGUGGUAGCAGCCCAGAAUUUCUUGUGUGCUGGCUGUGGGACGCCAAUAGAACCUAAGUUCGUGAAGCGGCUACGGUACUGUGACUACCUGGGCAAAUAUUUCUGUGACUGCUGCCACUCCUACGCGGAGACCUGCAUCCCCGCCCGGAUCCUGAGCGCGUGGGACUUCAGGAAGUACUACGUCAGCAACUUCUCCAAACGGCUGCUAGAUGGCGUGUGGCACCAGCCCGUUUUCAAUCUGCUGAGCAUUGGCCACUGCCUUUAUGCCAAGGCCAAGGAACUGGACAGAGCGAGGGAAACCCGGGAGCAACUUUUUCAUAUCAAGAAGCUGUUGAAGACCUGCAGGUUUGCUGAAAGCGCGUUAAAGGAGUUUGAGCAGGUGCCGAGGCACUUGACUGAUGACCUCCACCUGUUCUCCCUGGAGGAUAUGGUCAGGGUCAAGAAAAGGCUGCUGGUACCCUUGCUCAAGGACAUUCUAAAAGCUUCCCUCGCACAUGUGGCCAGCUGUGAGCUGUGUCAAGGAAAGGGUUUCAUUUGUGAAUUUUGCCAGAGUACAGCCGUCAUCUUCCCCUUUCAGACCGAAACAUGUAGAAGAUGUUCAGGGUGCAGAGCUUGCUUUCACAAGCAGUGUUUCCGGUCCUCUGAGUGCCCCCGGUGUGCGCGGAUCACAGCCAGGAGAAGACUUCUGCAAAGUUUACCUUCUGCAGCAACAUGAUGCCCUGAGUACUGUGGAAAAGACUGUUCAACAUGCCUUAUAACACCUAUUUGUUUCUAUUAUUGAUAAUAUUGUUUCAGAUGUUGAGUAUUGUAUAUUAAGAAAAAAAUGGCUGAUAUUCAUUUUUAUUAUAUAUAUUUAAUGUUUUAAAAAGUGCACUUUUUUUGUUAUGAAGCAUAGGUUUGUUACUGGUGGUUUUGUUUACAAAUGUGCAAUGGUUUUGCUGCUAGUGUUUUUUUUUAAAGAGUUUUUUUGAUACUUCUUAAAUUGUAUUUGAGUGGUUGUAUGUAGCUAACAUUGGAGCCUAUUUUUGUAUGAAUUGUAACUGACAAGACAAGUUACUCUGUUCCUCUUUCUAUAAAGCUUGUUUUGUGAAACGAUUGGUACUUUCAAUGAACAAAAAUGCAACCAACAAUCUGUUUACUUCCGGGUUUUUUCUGAGUUAAAUGCCAUUUUGUAACUGUAUCCGUAUUACGGAUUUUCUUGUUCCGGGGUUGGUGUAGAGAGUACACAUUACUUCUGCAGCUGCAUCGAUUUCAAGACGGGCUUGAGUUGCUUAGCGGUGCCUCGAGCUGCUCGUUGAAGCAAUCCCUCUUAGAGACGCACAAAUCCACCCCAUGUUUGUCAUUUCUCCUCCACACACUAAGUCCAGGGAUGCUUGGCUGACUAGAACUUCAUCCCUGCCCUUGAGGAUUUUGCCUCAUUGAUAUAAAACUGAACAUAAGGCAUUUACAGACUUAAAUUGUCGGAAACUACUGUUAAUGAACCAUGUGAUUUUAGUAAUAAAAAUAAAAUCAUAACCAUCAAUUAAAAAGGUGAGGUAAAUCACUAAA